AAAGCGAUCAUCAAUCCAAGUGGAAAAAGAAAACCGAGAAGAGAAGUAGAGGAGGAACGAACUUCUCCGGAAGAGAAGAGAAAUCCCAAAUUUUUGCUGUAUGUCAGCGAAAUACUAUAGUGGUGGUGAGAAACAUAGCUACGGCGGCGAAUACGGCGAACUCUCUAACCCUUCAGAAUGGCCACAGCUCAGGAAAAGGCGACGCUUUCUCAAACAGCUUCUGAGAAUCCCAUCAGCAGCAAGAGUUCUGCAGCAGCGAUGGCGACCCUGAUCCACGAUUCCCUCUCUGAUUCUGCUCCUUCUGCUACUACCAAAACCACUGCCGCCACUCCAGUUAUGUCUAGGGCACAGACAUGCCACCCACUGGAUCCAUUAAUGGCUGCUGAAAUAGCUGUGGCUGUGGCUACUGUGAGAGCAGCUGGGAAAACCCCUGAGGUGAGGGAUAGCAUGCGAUUUAUUGAAGUGGUUCUUGUGGAGCCAGACAAGAAUGUUGUUGCCCUUGCGGAUGCAUACUACUUCCCUCCGUUCCAGCCUUCAUUGCUUCCCAAAACUAAAGGCAGGCCAGUGAUCCCCACAAAGCUUCCUCCUAGACAAGCCAGGCUUGUUGUUUACAACAAGAAGUCGAACGAGACGAGCAUAUGGACAGUUGAGCUCAGUGAAGUUCAUGCAGCAACUAGAGGCGGCCAUCACAGGGGCAAAGUCAUUUCAUCCAAAGUUGUUCCGGAUGUGCAACCUCCAAUGGACGCUGAGGAGUAUGCUGAAUGUGAGGCUGUGGUAAAAGACUACCCACCGUUUCAAGAGGCUAUGAGAAAGAGGGGCAUUGUGGAUAUGGAUCUUGUCAUGGUGGAUCCUUGGUGCGUUGGGUACCACAGUGAAGCUGAUGCACCUAGGCGUAGGCUUGCUAAGCCACUAAUAUUCUGCAGAACUGAGAGUGACUGUCCUUUGGACAAUGGAUAUGCUCGUCCUGUCGAAGGAAUCCAUGUUCUUGUUGAUAUGCAGAACAUGGUAGUGAUUGAAUUUGAGGACCGUAAACUUGUCCCUCUACCGCCAGCCGAUCCCUUGAGAAACUACACUGCUGGGGAAACUCGUGGUGGUGUUGAUAGGAGUGAUGUGAAACCUCUGCAGAUUAUUCAGCCUGAAGGUCCAAGCUUCCGCGUCAGUGGCCACUUUGUCAAUUGGCAGAAGUGGAAUUUUCGGAUUGGCUUCACUCCAAGAGAGGGUUUAGUGAUAUAUUCUGUCGCUUAUCUUGAUGGAAGUCAAGGGAGAAGACCUGUGGCACAUAGACUCAGUUUCGUUGAGAUGGUUGUCCCUUAUGGUGACCCAAACGAUCCGCAUUACAGGAAGAAUGCUUUUGAUGCUGGGGAAGAUGGGUUAGGGAAAAAUGCACAUUCUCUCAAGAAAGGCUGCGACUGUCUGGGUUACAUAAAGUACUUUGAUGCGCAUUUCACAAAUUUCACAGGAGGUGUUGAAACGAUUGAGAACUGUGUUUGUCUGCAUGAAGAGGAUCAUGGAAUCUUAUGGAAGCAUCAGGAUUGGAGAACUGGUUUGGCGGAAGUCCGUCGAUCCAGGAGGCUAACUGUGUCUUUCGUAUGCACAGUGGCUAACUAUGAGUAUGGAUUCUUCUGGCACUUUUAUCAGGAUGGCAAGAUUGAAGCUGAGGUAAAGCUCACCGGAGUUCUGAGUCUAGGAGCAUUACAACCUGGGGAAGCUCGGAAAUAUGGGACCAUGAUCGCCCCUGGAUUGUAUGCACCAGUCCAUCAACACUUUUUUGUGGCACGUAUGGAUAUGGCGGUUGAUUGCAAGCCUGGUGAAGCGUUUAAUCAGGUCGUCGAAAUGAAUGUUAAAGUUGAAGAGCCCGGAAAAGAUAAUGUACACAACAAUGCUUUCUACCCAGAAGAGGAACUUCUCAGGACUGAAUCACAGGCAAUGCGUGAUUGCAAUCCUCUCUCUGCCCGCCAUUGGAUUAUCAGGAACACUAGAACUGUAAACCGAACCGGCCAACUCACAGGCUACAAACUAGUGCCUGGAUCGAACUGCCUACCACUAGCCAGGCCAGAAGCAAAGUUCCUUAGAAGGGCUGCCUUCUUGAAGCAUAACCUCUGGGUUACACCUUAUGCACGGGACGAAAUGUAUCCUGGAGGAGAGUUCCCUAAUCAAAACCCGCGAGCAGGGGAGGGAUUGGCCACUUGGGUGAAGCAGAAUCGAUCGAUUGAAGAGACUAACAUUGUUCUUUGGUCAGUUUCCUCUCUCCCUCACAGAGAUGCAACAUUUCAUCAAUGUUCUUACUGUUUUCUAUAUCAUAUACGUUUUGCAGGUAUGUGUUUGGAGUUACACACAUCCCUCGAUUGGAAGAUUGGCCAGUCAUGCCAGUGGAGCACGUCGGUUUCAUGCUCAUGCCACAUGGGUUCUUUAAUUGCUCCCCGGCGGUGGAUGUGCCUCCAAGUACGGGCGAUUGCGAGCUCAAAGACGCUGUAACUCCAACAAAGCCUAUCCAACAUCCCCUCAUUGCCAAGCUAUGAUGUCAGAAAUUUAUUUCAUUGUUGCAACCUAUUGAAAUUUGCCGCCUUAGUCCUUUGCUAUGCUUUGGUUUGCUGACUUUGUUCGUCCAAUGGAACUGUAGCAUUCUCGCCAUUGCUGUUUUAUGGAGCCUCCCCUUGAACACUACCUGUUACUUGUCACUUGUCUCCCAAGUUUUCCCCUUUCUGUUUGCUGUGGCUUCUCUUUGUUUUAGCUCUUCCAUCCUUGGGGCAGAUCUCAAAUGCUCUAGAGAUUUCUUAAUUUCAUCAUAUGAUUGAACGAGCAGGGUAAGGCGAGAUCACGAGUCAGGAUGGAUUGGUUAUUAUGGAUCACAUUUUGUGGUAUGAGUUAUUAACAAAUCGUCACGAAUAGCGAUCGGUAGAAACUGGUCGUUCUGUUUGAAUAAUUUUCUCUAGUUUUGACGAAAGCAACUUGCUAUCGUUUUUUUUUUAAAUACAAUAUAUCAGUCACAACUAUUAUGAA